AUGACUAUCCGCGUAGCCCAGUCCUACGGUAAGUGCUGCGGAGUCCACAAGAUUCGAUACUUUUUGAAAUCUGGAUCCGUGGCUACGAGUGUGAGAGAGACUGCGAGUCGACCUCCUUCCAUUCCCGAGGAAGAAUGGAAACGAAAGCCAAGCCCCCGGGUUGGAAUUUUCUGGAUCGCAGCGUCUAGUCGUUCAGGGAUCAGACCUAGCCAUAAUCCCAGAGCCCUCCACUCUUACUGUCGUCCGCCGCCCGAGUGGUAG